AUGACUCGGUUCCUGGGCGCGGUUCGCAGGGUCGCUCUGGCCGCCGUGCGCUGCCGCAGCGGCGGGCUCGGCAUGUUCUACGCCGUGAGGAGGGGCCGCAAGGCCGGGGUCUUCCUGACCUGGGACGAAUGCAGGGCGCAGGUGGACCGGUUCCCCGCCGCCCGGUUCAAGAAGUUUGCCACCGAGGAGGAAGCCUGGGCCUUCGUCAGGAACUCGGGGAGCCCUGCUUCGAAAGGGCAGGAGGACAAGCUCGUGGCCGAAUCACAGGCGAAAGCCAGCAAGCGGAGCCGGGAGCCCCCGGCUGACGGGGAGGAGAACGCGGAGCCCCGAGCCAAGCAUGUGAAGCCGGAGGAGGAGGCAGCCCCUCUGGUGGACAAGGACACGUUCUCUUACAUGGGCGAAUACGUCGUCGUCUACACGGACGGCUGCUGCUGCGGCAACGGGCGCCGGCGGGCGCGCGCGGGCAUCGGCGUGUACUGGGGGCCCGGCCACCCUCUAAACGUGGGCAUGAGGCUUCCUGGGCGGCAGACCAACCAGAGAGCAGAAAUCCACGCAGCCUGCAAAGCCAUCGCGCAGGCCAGGGCUCAGAACAUCACCAAGCUGGCUCUGUACACGGACAGCAUGUUCACCAUCAACGGCAUCACCAGCUGGGUCCAGGGCUGGAAGGAGAACGGGUGGAGGACGAGCGCCGGGAAGGCGGUGACCAACAAGGAGGACUUCAUGGAGCUGGACAGGCUCGUCCAGGGCGUGGACGUGCAGUGGCACAGGUGUUACGCGCAGAGAAGCCUGGGAACUCCUGAGCAGCCAGACCAGCUUGUCACGAACAGCUGA